UUUUGACAGUAGACAUGGAGGAGGAAUGUGAGCCUGGAAAAUAUGGGAAUAGUUGUAGUCACAAUUGUUCUCAGAACUGUGAAAGUCUUCCAAAUAGCAUAGUGCUCUGUGACAAAGAAACCGGAGAAUGCUUCGCAGGAUGCAAAGCUGGUGUGUACGGUGACCUCUGUGAUCAACUGUGCAGCAUAAAUUGCAAGGAACACACAUGUAACCAGCUCAAUGGACACUGCACUCGAGGCUGUAGAGAAAAUCACAUCGGCGACUUCUGUGAGACCCGCCAAGAGGUGCAUCAAGGUACUACCUAUAGCAGUCAUACAACCGUUACCACAGGUGAGGCACCGACAAGCAAAUCCCAGAUCGUCAUUCCAGUUGUUGUAACAAUACUUGUCCUUAUCCUUGUGGGCUUUGCCUGUGCUGUGAUUAUCUUCAUAUGGCGCAUUAAAAAGAAGAAGGCAAGUUACAACAUCCAUCAUUGUUCUGGAGCAAAGCCUUCCGCCAUCGAUUGCAGUGUAGCAGCAGCAGCAUCCGACAUUACACAAUAUACACCACCAUCAGCAUUGACCAUUUAA